AUGUUGCGCCACUUGAUGAGCUAUUCUACCCACUGCUUUGAGACGCCGCUGGCCCUGCACGAGGUCACCGUCUCGCUUUCCAGCCGCUUCAACCGCCGCAUCCACCCGGACGCCAGCGUCGAGCAACAUAAGACACGAGCAUGGAACCAACUUCAACACCAGACCCCUACCCUCUUCAACGCCUCGAAGUUCCGACUUCACAGCUAUGCAAGUGACCAUCACUCUCGCCACGACCAUCACUCUCUCCACGACCAUCACUCUCUCCGCGACCAUCACUCUUUACUGACCUUGCAUUUGGGCCUAACGGACUACGCGUCGUACGUCGGUCUGUGCUGCUCGCCACUGGCUCGAGAGCUACUGGAGGACGGAGUGCGACUGCAUGACGACCGCUUUGCGUUCCUGUCGAGGAAAGUCGGUGUCGCCGCCGUACUCGAGACCAUUGACGGGUACGUGGCGCUCGUCAAGAGGAGUCAGCACGUGGGUCUCUACCAGAACUUGUACGACACGCCUGGAGGCCAUCCCGAGCCGUCCAAGUGUCAGCUGACACCCACAGUGCUGCAGACGCUGGAGGGCGACGAAGACGAUCGUGACAGGCGAGUGGCAGCGGCAGAAGAUGCAGCGCGACGAGAGCUGUUCCAGUCCGUUGCCGACGAAAUCCAUGAGGAAGUGAACGUGGGGCCGCCGCUGCAGCAGCCGCCGCAACUGCUCGGGGUCGUGUUGCAGACGGACGCGUGCACGCCCAGUUUCUCUUUCCACGUGCGGACGUCGUGCUCGGCUCAGGAGCUGAAGGAGCUGUACGAGGCGGGACCGGCAGACAAGUUUGAGUCGGUAGAGCUCGAGCUCUUGUCAGUGGACAAGUUGCUGGCGGAAGGACCGUCCCAGACGCUAGAGAAGCUGCUGCUGACGCCUUCGGCAAAGGGGACGCUCGAGAUAUGGAAGCAGCACAUGCUGCGUGCGAGACGAGAGCAGUAG